AUGCUCUUAGUCACUCAGUUGGUCACACUCAAACACCACAAAAAAUUCAUCUGGCAGAAAAGUGAAAAAGAGAAAAUUAAGGGGUUUAUCAAGUGUACCCAGCAAAAUUAGUUUUAAUUCACACCCAACACUAUUGAAGCAUCUCACAUAAACUGCAUCAAAAUGACGUGGGAACCCCAGGCAGAAGGUCUUCAGCAGAUCAUUGGGAUCUUAAAAGAAUCUCAGUCACCAGACACAGCGACUCAAAUGGCAGUCCAAAUGAAACUGGAGGAAUUUAACCGAUACCCAGACUUUAAUAAUUAUUUGAUCUAUGUGCUGACAAAAUUAAAAACGGAAGAUGAACCCACACGUUCGCUGAGCGGCUUAAUACUAAAGAACAAUAUACGCAUGCAUGGCAGCAAUCUGCAGCCGGAGAUUGUUGAAUACAUUAAACACGAAUGCCUUCAAGCCGUGGGCGAUGCAUCACCCCUGAUACGCGCCACCGUCGGUAUUCUGAUCACCACCAUAGCCAGCAAUGGAGGUCUGCAAAAUUGGCCACAGUUGUUGCCAUCGUUGUGCGAAAUGCUUGAUAACCAGGACUACAAUGUGUGCGAGGGAGCCUUCAGUGCUUUGCAAAAGAUUUGCGAGGAUUCAGCUGAAAUCUUAGACUCGGCUGCUCUCAACAGGCCACUGAACGUGAUGAUACCCAAGUUCUUGCAGUACUUCAAACAUAGCAGCCCCAAGAUACGCUCUCACGCAAUUGCAUGCAUUAAUCAGUUCAUUAUCAAUCGAUCCCAGGCGCUAAUGCUGCACAUUGAUGCGUUUAUUGAAAAUCUGUUCAAUCUGUCGUCGGAUGAAGAUCAUGAGGUGCGCAAAAAUGUCUGCCAUGGCCUAGUCAUGCUGCUUGAAGUGCGAAUGGACAGACUAAUGCCCCACAUGUCGCAGAUCAUUGAGUAUAUGCUGCUGCGCACACAGGACUCUGAUGAGGGCGUAGCCCUGGAGGCGUCCGAGUUUUGGCUGUCGCUAGCGGAACAAAGUAUUUGCAAGGAUGUGCUAGCACCGUAUUUGGCCCAGCUGGCGCCUGUGUUGGUGCGUGGCAUGAGAUACUCUGAGAUCGAUAUUAUUCUGCUUAAGGGAAAUGUAGAGGAGGAUGACAUGGUGCCGGAUCGCGAAGAGGACAUACGUCCACGCUUCCACAAGUCACGCACACACACCAUUAAAAGUGGUGAGGUUAGCCAGGCGUCCGGUGGCGAGGAGGAUGAAGAUGAAUUCGAUGAUGGCUUGGACGAUGAUAGCUCGCUAUCUGAAUGGAAUUUGCGCAAGUGCAGCGCUGCCGCUCUUGAUGUAUUGGCGAAUGUAUUUCGCGAGGAUUGUCUGCCCAUUGUGCUUCCCAUUUUAAAGGAUACGCUGUUCCAUCAAGAAUGGGUUAUCAAGGAGAGUGGCGUGUUGGCACUCGGCGCCAUUGCCGAGGGCUGCAUGCAGGGUAUGAUUCAGCAUCUGCCUGAAUUGAUACCAUAUCUGAUAAGCUGCUUGUCCGACAAGAAAGCGCUGGUGCGCUCCAUCACCUGUUGGACUCUCUCGCGUUACGCUAACUGGGUUGUCAAUCAGCCACAUGAUCAAUACCUAAAACCACUUAUGGAGGAGCUGCUCAAGCGUAUCCUGGAUUCAAAUAAGCGUGUGCAGGAGGCCGCCUGCUCGGCGUUUGCCACGCUCGAGGAGGAAGCUUGCACCGAACUGGUUCCAUAUUUGGAAUAUAUACUAAAAACACUCGUUUUCGCCUUUUCCAAGUAUCAACACAAGAAUCUAUUGAUCUUGUAUGAUGCUGUUGGCACCUUGGCUGACUCUGUGGGUCACCAUCUAAACAAGCCACAAUAUAUUGAUAUAUUAAUGCCGCCACUAAUUGACAAAUGGAACUUGCUAAAAGACGAUGACAAGGAUCUGUUCCCAUUGCUUGAAUGCCUGUCCAGCAUUGCAACUGCCCUGCAAUCGGGCUUUCUGCCCUAUUGUGAUCCCGUCUAUAGAAGAUGCAUAUCGCUCAUUGAGCAGACAAUCAAUCAGGAGAUGCUCUGCAAGCAAAAUCACACAUUUGAUCAUCCCGAUAAAGAACGCAUGAUUGUUGCUCUGGAUUUACUCUCUGGCUUGGCCGAGGGUUUGGACAGACACAUUGAAACUCUGGUAGCUAAUAGCAAUAUUAUGCAUCUGCUUUAUCAGUGUAUGCAGGAUGUUUUGCCGGAAGUGCGCCAAUCCUCGUUUGCUCUGCUCGGUGAUUUGACCAAAGCCUGUUUUCCACAUGUGCAUCCGUUUAUGGCCGAGUUCUUUCCCAUAUUGGGUCAGAAUUUGAAUCCCGAUUUUAUUUCUGUCUGCAACAAUGCGACAUGGGCUAUUGGCGAAAUAUGCAUGAAAUUGGGAGAGGAAACUAAGCAAUACAUACACCUUGUACUAACCGAUCUCUUCAUUAUCAUCAAUCGCCCGAAUACGCCCAAAACGCUGCUGGAGAAUACAGCAAUAACAAUCGGUCGUCUAGGUUAUGUGUGCCCAGUUGAAGUGGCUCCUUAUUUGCCCGAAUUUGUACGACAGUGGUGCACAUCGCUGCGUCACAUACGAGAUAAUGACGAAAAGGACUCGGCCUUUCGUGGCAUGUGCCACAUGAUCACCGUGAAUCCAGCUGGCGUUGUGCCUGACUUUAUAUUCUUCUGCGAUGCAAUAGCAUCAUGGGUAAAUCCGCCACAAGAUCUGCAUCAGAUGAUACAAAAGAUAUUACACGGCUUCAAGACACAAGUUGGUGAAGAGAAUUGGCGUCGAUUUGUUGAUCAAUUCCCGCCAACUCUAGCCGAACGUUUGGUUACAAUGUACAACAUAUAAGGUGGCAUUGGCUUCACUAACAGUCCACAUACCACACCCAUAAGCAACUUAUUAACUAGACAAUUAUGUUUAUGUAUGCAAGUAAGCGUGUCGUCGUCUUUAAACUUAGUGUAAGCACAGUUAGCAGACAAAUGUUUAAUUAGGCUUGUUCGAUGCAGUUCGAAUAAUUCAAUUACAUUAAUAUUUGGAAUUUCAACUUAUAAAGUCAACUACAAAACGCCGAAAAAGCAAACAGCAAACUAAUACAAUACAUUUACAAAUUACACAUAUAA